AAUCUGAAUGUUUUUAGUUAAGGUGACGGUUUAGAUGUGAGAUCGACUAAAGAAAGCAGCAGCAGCUCGCCCCGCUUGCAGAGAGAGAGCCAGCGAGCGAGAGAGUGAGAACGGAUCAGCCUCACUCACAGGGAGCUUCUGAGAUGGAAGCAGCUCACAUCAGCCCAGAGCUUCCUAUUCGAUGGGUUGUUUCUGCAGACAGGACUGUUGAGAUCAAGGAGGAAGUGACUGAGCUGGGGUGCGACCAGGCCAACGAGCGGAUCCUGCAGGAGGAAACGCCACCUUCUAGCGUCGCUGAGAGAGAUGAAGGAGGGCAGGACCCCACUGCAUCACCCCACUGCAAAAACCCUUCCAGUGGUAAACCGCAGAGCAAGAAACACAGAGAGACGACACCCCGAGAAGAGAAUGUAAAACACUGGAGAGUCCAGAUUCCUUCUGUAGGAGUGUCGUUUGUUCUGGAGAGUACAGAGACUGCAGAUUCUGCGUGUGUGAACAAUUCUGAAACCCAGGGCAGCUUGAAGACCUUGUCUUGUUCUACUGAAGAUGGGAAGAGUUCCCGGCGAUUAGGCGCUCCUAAAACUCGCAAGGGAAAUCACACAAGAGGGACUCCAUUUCUCUGUACUGAUUGUGGGAAGAGUUUCAGUCAAACAUGGAGCCUUAAAACACACCAACUAAUUCACACAAGAAGGAAACCACACCAGUGUGAUGAUUGUGGGAAGCGCUUCACUCUGUUAGGGAAUCUUACAAAACACAAACAAAUACACACAGGUGAGAAACCACACCACUGCAAUGACUGUGGGAGAAGCUUCACUCAGUUAGUAAGUCUGACGAGACACCAACUAAUUCACACCGGGGACAAACCACACCACUGCAGUGAUUGUGGGAAGUGUUUCACUCUGUUAGGAAAUCUUACAAAACACCAACGAAUCCACACAGGCGAGAAACCACACCGCUGCAGUGAAUGUGGGAGAAGCUUCAUCCGAAUAGACAGCCUUAAAGCACACCAGCGAACUCACACUGGAGAGAAACCACACCACUGCAGUGAUUGUGGGAAGUGCUUCAGUCUACUAGGAAAUCUUAGAAAACACCAGCUAAUUCACACAGGCGAGAAACCACACCGCUGCAAUGAAUGUGGGAGAAGCUUCACUCUGUUUGGGAAUCUUACGAAACACCAGCUCAAUACACACAGGACAGAAACCACCUCGCUUUAAUGAAUGUGGCAAACGUUUCGCUGAAUCAGGAAGUCUUAGAAAGCAGCAGCGUGUUCACACAGGAGAGAAACCACACCACUGUAGUGAAUGUGAGAUGAGGUUCUCUCGAUCAGACCGUCUUAAACAUCACCAGCGAAUUCACACAGGAGAGAAACCGCACCGGUGUGACGACUGUGGGAAGCGCUUCACUCAAUUAGGAAGUCUUAAAAGACACCAACUAAUUCACACAGGAGAGAAAACAUAACUGCUGACUGUCAGGAAAGGUUUCCUUAAAAACCAGGAAAUUCUCACAAGACAAAAAACCCUGUGUUUACACUUUGAAACAGACCAGAGGAUAGCAUUAAGGUUGAGAACUUCAGAGCUUCAAACGAAAGGCACUUUAAGGGAGGGAGGUGCUAUUUCACACUGUUGGAAAACAUGGAUUGCGAAUUGAUUAGCAGUUUGCUACGCAUGUGGACUGGCAGAGCUAUA